CGUGAAGGGGGAAGACCCUGAGCGGCGCGGCUGAGGCGAUGGACGUUAUGCAGCCCAAGCAGGAGCAUCUCCUGGCCCUGAAAGGUCCUGUUUUAUCUUCUGAUCUGCACAACACACGGCAAAAGAUACUUUAAAGUGAUAACAUCUUAUUAGUGGUGAUGCUCCUGAGCAAGAAACUUUUAAAGUAAGAACAUGUGGACUCCAUUGUACAAGCAUGGAGGUGGUUCUAUACUAUCGACCAUGGCAAAGGGAUCCCGCAGCAUUGCAAAAAAUUGCAGAAGAGGCACUGAAGGAAUUUUCUGUUCGACAGCUACCAAGAUUCAUACCCUGGUUUCCAAAUGACUUGUGCAAACUUCCCUUCAAGCCUAGAAGAAAACCUCCAGUUAUUUCUGUUGAAGAAGCAGAAAAAGUGAAACGACACCUCACAACCGUAGAAAGUGUUUGUUGUUCCCCGUCUUAUGACUGUACAGAAGGGCUUAAGGAAUUUCAUGCUGAUAGAAAAACUGGACAGUAUUUACAAGCUGAAUAUGGAAAAAAUGAUUUGAGCAAUUUGGGAAAACAAUCAGCAAAUGGCAGACAGAACCUGAGGAGAUCUUGGAGUGUGUCUGUUUCCAACUCUAAGCUUAAAGACCAGAUUCUUCCUUUAUCUAGAGAACUGCAGAGCACUUUAGAAAAAUUAAAGCUACAUGCAUUCUAUAGAGCACAGUGGAUAAUUGAACCAUCCACUUUUAAUAAUCAAACUUUGGAAGAUAUUUGGAUAAAGCUCAACAGGAUGAUCAAACACAAUGAACUGCCAUCUUGUAAUGCUACAAUCCAGAGACAUGAAAGCCAGAUUUCGAUUUUCUGUGACAUACUGUACAGUGAAUAUGUUGCCAAUAAUCUUAGAGAAAAAUUAAACCUAAGGGGGAAAAUGAAUUUGUUUGUUCACAAAUAUGGGAUCAUACAUAGUUUGUAACUUUGGUUCAAAAAGAGGCAAAGCUGUUUUCUCUAAAAUAUUCUGUUUUAAACACACAUUUAAGAAAACCACAAGUUUUAACAAUAAUGAAAAAAACACCUACCUAGCCUACUGCUUAUGAGCUAAGUCAUGCCUCCUAGGGAUGUGUCCUUUGAACAGAAAUGUUGUUUUUUUAAAACCCUAAUGGAUGCAGUGCAAAUUGGAGGCAAAGCUAUUACAUCCUCUCAAAUGAACUGAUCACCAUGAGACUGGAUUAUGCUUUGUUCUAAACUCUCCAAAAUCUAUGACUUCUUCAGGAGAUAUCCUUUGUAAGAAUAAUGCCAUGUGUGAGAGUAAUCCCCUGAAAGAAUUGACAUUUUACAUCUGUCAUUACCUCAUUUGUGUUUGAAAUUAUUUGUCUAAAGUUACUGAAUAAUAAAGACAAAGGUUGUUUGUGCCGGA